AUGACAGACGUCAAUCUAAUCAAUCUCAGGACCGGCCGGGGGGGGGGGGGGGGGGGGGGGAUGAAGAAGAAAUACAAUGCCAUGUUCACCUUCGGUGACUCGAUGGAUGAGACAGGCAACAUAUGCGUCGCCAGCAGCAACAAGACGGAGUUGAACGUGCUCACCUGCACCCACCCGCCGUACGGCGAGACCUACUUCGGAAGGCCGUCUUGCCGGUGGUGCGACGGCCGCGUGGUUGUUGAUUUUGUUGCACAAGCACUUGGGCUUCCAUUACUCCCACCGUCGAAAGCGAAAGGCAAAGAUUUCCGUCGGGGCGUAAACAUGGCCAUCACCGGUGGCACGGCCAUGAACUUCACCUUCUACAGAUCUCUGGGCAUUGAAAAUCCGGUGUGGAACCAUGGCUCACUAGACACGCAGAUCCAAUGGUUCAAGGACUUGUUGCCCUCCAUAUGCGGGACAGAGCAGAGUUGCAAAGGAUACAUGAGGAAAUCGCUCUUCAUGUUCGGUGCAUACGGCGGGAACGACUACAACGUGCAGCUGCUUGAACGCGGUUUGACACCGGAGCAGGCAAUGAACUACACCCCAAAGAUCGUUGGUGCCAUCGCCGACGGCGUGGAGAAACUGAUUGCUCUGGGCGCCGUCCACGUCGUCGUCCCGGGAAUCUUCCCGACCGGCUGCUUGCCGAUCUUCCUGUCCUUGUUCGGGGACGGCGACGGCGACGGCGACCUGGACGACGCCGGCUGCCUCAAGGCCUACAACCUCCUGAGCAAGUACCACAACUGGAUGCUCCGGAAGCAGGUGGAGGCCCUCCAGCGGAGGCACCACAACUCGACGAGGCUCAUGUACGCGGACUACUACGGCCUCGUGUACCAGAUGGUCCAGGAGCCCCACAAGUUUGGGUUUAGCGCUCCGUUUGAGGCCUGCUGCGGGGCGGGAGGGGGCAAGUACAACUUCGACCUGAGCGCGAGGUGCGGCAUGGACGGGGCCACGGUGGCGUGCCGCCACCCGUCGGCGCGGCUCAGCUGGGACGGCAUCCACCCUACGGAGGCGGCUAACAAGGUGAUCGCCGGGGCACUGCUCAGGGGACCCUACUGCACCCCUCCCAUCCUAUCCUAGGCUAAAAACUCUCGUAAAGCAGCCCUACACCAAAAAGGACCAAGCAGAUCCAUGUAUCUACCUAUCAAUUAUGUAUGAUGAUGAUAAUCCUAGAACAACCAGGCACCGGCACGGCAUAGGUUGC